AUGGCGUCUGGAUGGGGAAUAACUGGAAACAAAGGGAGAUGUUACGAUUUCUGGAUGGAUUUCAGUGAAUGUAUGUCUCAUUGCAGAGAGCCCAAAGAUUGUACACUUCUUCGUGAAGAUUACCUCGAGUGUCUCCACCAUUCCAAAGAGUUUCAAAGAAGAAACAGGAUAUACAAGGAAGAGCAGCGGAAACUAAGAGCAGCCUCGAGGAAAGGUGAAGAAGGCGGGGAUGGUACUCAUACCCAUCACUAG